ACUGAAACGAGAGCGGCUUUGCAUUUCCAGAUAAAAGGCACCGCCGAGUACCUCUGGUGUAUAAAUACCAACUGCAAAAUUCCUGCAGUCCGGGUGGUAGGUGCCUUCAGGAAUACGGCAAGUGCUUUGGUAGGGAGAAAAGAAAUAGGAGAGCAAGGAAUUUUGGAAAGAUAGGGGAAACAGAAAGAGGGAAAAUGCACCGUGAUGAGGCUCAGCUGAAUUGGCUGGUGAGAAGUAGUCAGUUUGCUGCAGUAAUUGAAUCGUGAUUUUCAGGUGUAUUAUGGACAGCUCUUACAUGGAAAAAGUUUGCAGGUGGGGGAUCAGCUGAUCCCACCUCUUGCCCUGGAGGUUUUCCAGCCACAGCCGGACAAAGCCCCAACAACCUGCCCUGGUUCUGCUGCCAACGGGGGACAUGGGGACCCCUCCAGCUGGGAUUUUUCCACCAUGUUCGGCAAGAAGAAGAAAAGGCUGGAAAUUUCCGGGCCCUCGAACUUCGAGCACCGGGUUCACACUGGCUUUGACCACCGGGAGCAGAAGUUCACGGGGCUGCCUCAGCAGUGGCACAGCUUGCUGGCGGACACGGCCAACAGGCCCAAGCCUAUGGUGGAUCCCUCAUGCAUCACUCCCAUCCAGCUGGCGCCUAUGAAGACUAUUGUUAGAGGAAAUAAGCCUCGAAAGGAUACUUCGAUCAACGGCCUGCUGGAAGAGUUCGACAAUAUCUCAGUGACGCGAUCCAAUUCCCUGCGGAAGGAAAGUCCUCCCACCCACCACCAAGGAAACACAAACCAUGUGCCGAGGCACCAGGAGGAAAAUGGUUAUAUCACGUAUUCCCAGUACUCCAGUGAGUCAGACACUACGACAGACUAUGUCGUGGAAAAAUAUCGAGACAAGACUCUCUAUGGGGAAGAGUUAGACAGAUACUACAAAGGGAGCUAUGCCGCCAAGCAGAACGGACACAUGAUGAAGGUGACUUCCCGGGACAUCUAUUAUUCAGAAGUGACACCCCUGCAGUCAGACCUCUCCAGGUUCCUCCCAGAUUACCCUGCACAUCUGGAGACAAAGCCUAAACCGCUGGAAUAUGGCGGCCUAAAGCUGGAGUAUCAGCGAAUCCCCAGCGGAUCUUCCCUGGACUAUAGAGAUCCCUUUCCGUACACCCCGUCCCGAGCGUCGGUGCAGGGCGAGUGCCCCAAGGAGAGGCUGGAGUACAGCGAUGGCGACUGGGGACAUGGCCUAGGCAAGGAUGACUAUGACAAGAGGCCGAAGUCGUCCUACGUGGACCCGGCGAGCCCGCAGCCGGCGAUGAGGCAGCGGUCCAGGUCAGGCUCUGGUCUGCAGGAGCCGGCCAUGCCCUACGGAGCGAGUGCUUUUAAAGCACACCAGCAGGGACAUUCCUACAGCUCCUACACCUACCCCCGCUUGUCCGAAACUGCAGCAGGCAUCCCCAAGGUGGAUUACGAUCGAGCGCAGCUGGUUGUCAGCCCCCCGCUCUCUGGAUCGGACACCUACCCCAGGGGCCCCGUGAAGCUACCUCAAAGUCAGAGCAAAGUCAGCUACUCAAGCAGCAGCUACCAGUACCCUCUGGUCUAUCACAAAGCCUCCCACUAUCACCAGCCAUCCCUCCAGCCCGGCUCACCCUAUAUUUCCACCGCCUCCUACCCUAGCUCCCCCAGUAUCACGUCAAGUGCUUAUCCUCCACCCAGCUGGGGAUCCUCCUCGGACCAGCAGCCCUCCAGGGUGUCCCACGAACAGUUCAGAGCUGCCCUGCAGCUUGUGGUCAGCCCCGGAGACCCCCGGGAGUACUUGGACAACUUCAUCAAGAUCGGGGAGGGCUCCACGGGGAUUGUCUGCAUCGCCACCGAGAAGCACACGGGAAAGCAAGUGGCUGUGAAGAAGAUGGAUCUCAGGAAGCAGCAGAGGAGGGAGCUGCUCUUUAAUGAGGUUGUAAUCAUGAGAGAUUACCAUCACGAGAACGUGGUCGACAUGUACAACAGUUACCUUGUUGGCGACGAGCUGUGGGUUGUGAUGGAGUUCCUGGAGGGCGGCGCGUUGACAGACAUCGUGACUCACACCAGGAUGAACGAGGAGCAGAUCGCCACCGUCUGCCUGUCCGUCCUGAGAGCCCUGUCCUACCUGCACAACCAGGGCGUCAUCCACCGCGACAUCAAAAGCGACUCCAUCCUUCUCACCAGCGAUGGGAGGAUAAAAUUGUCGGACUUUGGGUUCUGCGCCCAGGUGUCCAAGGAGGUCCCCAGGAGGAAGUCGCUGGUGGGGACGCCGUACUGGAUGGCGCCGGAGGUGAUCUCCCGCCUGCCCUACGGCACCGAGGUGGAUAUCUGGUCCCUGGGUAUCAUGGUGAUCGAGAUGAUAGACGGUGAGCCGCCCUAUUUCAAUGAGCCACCGCUGCAGGCCAUGCGCCGAAUCCGGGACAACCUGCCGGCCCGAGUGAAGGACAUGCACAAGGUCUCCUCGGUCCUCCGGGGCUUCUUGGACUCGAUGCUGAUGCGGGAGCCCUCGCAGAGAGCCACGGCGCAGGAACUGCUGAGACACCCAUUCCUCAAACUGGCUGGGCCUCCUUCUUGCAUCGUGCCCCUCAUGAGGCAGCACAGGCACCGCUGAAGCCGGCAACUUUUUGGGAGGAGGUUAGUGCAAAGUCCGCGCAGGAAUCCCAGCGGUCGUGUGGGAACCGCGGGCUGGGAUGAGCGAAACCUUGUGGAGGAAAACCAGCCCUGCGGCAGUGCCGUGGUGUAUAAAAACCCGGGGAGGUGCUCUCGGGGGCUGCGAGGGACCGGGGAGCGAUCCAACAUGGACCGUCGCUCCCCUGCGCUGUCAUCGUCUCGGCCAUCCAGGCGGAAAGCACCAAACGCAAACAAGGUUGGAAAGGUAAUUAAUAGAGGAUAGCACAACCAGAGUGAAACACCAGAAAUUUAUUGCAGGCUGCGGCACUUCUAUUUCAGAAGAACACUUUUCUGACAAAAAAAAAAAGCACUUUUUAUCUCAGUCAUAGCAGCGCAAUGUAUUUUGCAAUGAAUUUGUAAUUUUCUGUACAGUAUGUUUUGAUAACUUGCAGUACUUUGUCAUGUAACCGUUGUGUUAGUUGAAGUACUAAGUGUAACUAGCAAGAAUUUUUUUAACCCUUUUUUAACCCUUUUGAAAACAAAAAACACCAACACCCUUUAGGAAGUUAGAAAGUUUUCCAGAUGUUCCUUUGCAGUGAGGAGAGCCACGGUGGCUCAAAGAGCGAUGGAGCCGGCACUACCAGUGACACCCUGCUGGUGAAUGGUUGUGGGCAUCAGGGUGUCCCUCAUCUCCCCGGUGGUAGGAUGCUAACACCCGCCCCACCUUUACUCAAGGGUCUUCUCACACCGUGGCGGUCCCUUCUUUUCUUUGCCACCACAAGCUCAGUUUUGUUAGCACAAAGAUCUCCGGUAUUCCUGUCUCGCUCUGGCAGUGGAAGGGGAGGGCAGGCGUCUGUCUGUCCAUCCGCCCACCCCACGGAACCCUCCAGAGCUCAGACGGACCGUUGUGAUGCGUUACGAGAUGUUUGCCAUAUAGAAGAAGUCGUGCUGCUGUCUAGACCUUUUUGAAUGUUGAUGCAACAGUUGACUACUGCGGUACAAUUUUGUGUUAUUUGUUGGAUGACUUUGCAUGUUAACUGUAGGCCUAACUAGAUUUGCCUUUAAAAUUUUUAGAAGUGCUUCAUAAUGAUUUCAAUGAUAAAUGAAUUUUAUUUAUUAAUGAUUCUUUUGAAUUAUGUAUAAUAUGAAAGCCAUGUUUUUCAAGGUUUUUUUCUUACUGACCUCAUUUUACGAUCUCAUUAAGAAACACAAAGCCAAUUUUGUGAAAACACAGUUAGUUUCUUUCUUAUGAUGGCAUUUCAUGGUGAAUAAGUUAAUUGUUAUUUAUUGUAGUAAAUUAUAACCAAACAUCUACACCUGGCAGGAGCUGUUGCUUAAAGAUCUUCCUGCAGGACAAAAGAGUUGCCAGUAGUACAGCAGCUCCUUCAGUAUUGCCCUUAAAAAGGUAAAGAAUAUUUGAAGGGAGAGAAACAAUCAAAAGGAGGAGAUAAAUAUGAACUUGAACACCGCUGCUUUCUCUUGUUAACCCUGCUUGCACAUUUUAAGACGACACUGAAGAAAAUGUGUUUGGCUCCCGGUCCCCACCCGCAGAAGCCCCCCCGGCCUCCGGAGGCAUUUCUAUUUUGUAGUCUUGACAACUCAGGAAAACAGGCUGCUCUGGUGAAGCGGUGACAUGCAGGCAAAACUGGAAUACUAGCCACAAAAUUCAACUUUUUUAACCAUCUUUGAAUUCAAAGGGGCUUGGGGUUGGUGGGGAUUUUUUCUUCAAGAUUCAGCACAUUUUAGGCUGUAAGUGAAGAAUUUUCUGCAACUUUCUUAUCAUUAGAUACUUUAAACAGUAUUCAUCAAGUUUACUGAAAGUUUUGUCAAUUUCAAAGGGUUUUUUUUGUGAACACCAACUGCUGGUGAGACAAAUGCACAUGCGAGUUAAAUAAAUUAAUAAAUGCUUUCA